AUGGGCUCGACAACGGCAGGCGAAAUGGCAACUUCUUUAGCUAUCACUGAGCUGGUGGACCAGCUGGCUGAGAAUCAUCCUAAUCUGCUGUAUUGUGUGCAUCCCGAAUCGCAAGAUGGCGAUAUCUUCUGGCGGGAGGUCACGAUCACGAUGCUGGCCCGAGCGAUUAAUCGUCUGGCAUGGUGGAUCGAGGACAAACUCAAGCACGCUCGCGGCCAAGUUCUGGCAUACAUGGGAAGCAAUGAUUUGCGAUAUGCAGCUUUCAUCCUGGCCUGUGUCAAGACCGGGAAUAGAGCAUUGUUGCUGUCGACCCGGAACUCACUGCCCGCAUCGAAACACCUGCUGCAAGCCACCCACUGCUCGGUUCUGGUCGAUGGCUGCGAAAGAAGACAGCUGCAACACAAACUCGACCAGCUGGAGGAUGAGUGCCAGGAUCUUCCGCUCCAGCGAUGGCGAAUCGAUCCUCUCUGGGAAGUGUUUUCGCCCGCCAUCGUCACCCCGUAUAUUUCGACGCAGCCCAGAGAUCUGAUCAAUACUCCGGUGCUGAUGUUCCACACUUCCGGCACCACAAACCACCCCAAGCCGAUUUCCAUGACCCAUGGGUACCUGUGGACGUUGGCCAAUAUGCAGAAGUUGCCUGUGCCAGCUGGACGCCAGCCAGGACACCUCAUCCUGUCUCACCAGGGCCAGCUGCGGUUCAUGUAUGGGCCGUUGUUCCAUUUCCUUGGGGUCGUCUGCAUGAUGGAGUCUCUCUUGUACGGCACUCCCUUUCUAUUGAUUCCAGACCGGCCCUUAACCCCGGAGCUCUUUGCCGCCGUGAUGGCCAGGGACCAGCCCCCGAGAUGGGGGUUGAUCGCCCCCUUCAUCUUGGAGGGCCUGUGUGCUUCCGAGGCCGGCCGGACCGCCCUGGCGAAACUGAAAGGUCUCAACUAUGGGGGGGCGCCUCUGAAUCGGGCCUCGGGGGAUACCCUGGCGGCCAUGAUCCCCCUGGUUCAACUGAUGGGCAGCACAGAGACGGGAUAUACCCCUACGCUGCGCUGUGAGGAUCCCCGGGACUGGGAGUAUAUGGAAUGGCACCCGGCGUUUGCCUUGCGCAUGGAUGCCGUGGGCGACGAUCUAUGGGAGCUUGUGCAUAUACGACCAGAGUCAAAGGCGGAUGCCCUUUGCGCACACCAUGCGAUAUUCCACAGCUACCCACACCUGAACGAGUUCCGCACGGGGGACCUCUUUCGCCCGCAUCCUGAUAAGGCGAGGCUAUGGCGAUACCAAGGCCGCGGCGACGACAUUGUUGUGUUGAGCAAUGGGGAAAAGUUCAAUCCAGUCCACGCCGAAAAGGAAAUCCAAUCACACCCCCUUGUAGCGCAGGCCGUGAUCUGCGGCCAGGAUAGAUUCCAGGCAGCGCUGUUGAUUGAACCGGACUGGAACCAGCUGCCGGCCGACUGGACGCCCGAGUGGCUUCUCCAGACCGUGUGGCCGACGGUGGACAAGGCCAACGCGAGUCUGCCGGCGCACGGCCAAGUGUUCCGCAGUCAUAUCGGCUUCGCAUUGCGCGACAAGCCGUUUGAACUGUCCCCCAAGGGCAGUUUGCGUCGUCGCCAGACGCUCAAGUCGUAUCAGACCUUGGUCGACCGUCUGUACGCCCAAGAGCCAGAAAAAUCCGUGCCAGAUACGGCGGCAACAGCAAGACUUCCCGAGGCGGCAGAUUUAGAGACGGUCCAGCGGUGGGUGCGACAGCAGACGGCGACAAUCCUGGCCAUGGACAUCAUCAAUGAGGACGAUCUGGUGGCUCUGGGACUGGACUCCCUCCAGGCCGUCCGUCUGGCCCAGGUCUUGCAGGAUGCGAGCCACCAGACAUCGGCCAGCUGGACAAGUAGCGAGAUAUACAAGUUAGCCACCAUAUCAGCCAUCUCCAACACUCUCCACCAGCAGAUCCACCGGCUCGACUCACCCGGGGACACCUCCUGGCCUCGCGCCACCCUGCUGGGGAAACUGAUCUGGGAACAGGCGCAAAUGCUGGGCGAUGGAGGCCUCGUGGUGGCCCUGACCGGGUCAACUGGCGAGCUGGGCAGCCACCUCCUCCACCAGCUCCUGCACAACCCGGCCGUCUCGCACGUCUAUUGUCUGAAUCGAACUGCAGAUGCGAGGCAGCGACAAGUAGCCAGCUUCCGCGAGAAAGGACUCCCCCAGAACUGGCUCAGCGAUGCUUCCCGGGUGCAAUUCUACCAAGUCAAGCUGGACCAGGACCAUCUGGGCCUCAGCAACGUCCAGUACGAGUAUCUGCGCCAGAAUGUGCAUCUCGUCAUCCACAACGCCUGGCUGGUCAACUUCAAUGCCCCCGUCCACCGGUUUGCCUCUUGCAUUGCCGGGGUUCGUCGUCUGCUCAGCAUGAUCGAGAACUCCCCGCGCCAGGCGGAAUUUCACUUCAUCUCGUCGAUCUCCACGGUGACGGGGCCAUCGCUUGCCGACCACCCCUUCGUCCCCGAGACCCUCCACACAGUGUCCAGCGUGAUGCCCCAGGGAUACGCCGAGUCCAAGUACAUCGCCGAGGCCCUGUGCGGGAUUGCCGCCCAGCGGUGCGGCACCCGUGUGGCCAUCCACCGGGUUGGGCAGUUGGGGGGCCCGGCAGCCCCUGACGGCGGUGCCUGGAAUCCCAGGGACUGGUUCCCGGCCCUGGUUUGCUCGUCACGUACUCUACGCCAGGUACCAGACAGUUUGGGCUUUCUCCAGGUGGAUUGGCUGCCGAUUGACACCGCGGCCCAAAUCAUUGCCGACGUUAUCCAGACACGAGUGGCAGACCCCCGGCCAGGCCUCACCGUCUACCAUGUCGUCAACCCACUGCCUGUGGACUGGAGGAUAUUGUCCGGUGUGGUGGCCGGCGCGUGCCAGGCAAAAGUGGUGUCGUUAGACGACUGGAUCAGGAGCAUUUCCCAGCGUAUCACCAGCUUGGAUAUUGAUGUCGAUGAUGUGCCAGCGGCGCAGCUGCUGGACUUCUUCCGCGGGCUGGCGGCACGACGCGGCGAACAACGACCGCAGAUCGCAAGUGAGGAUUGCCUGAGCAUGAACAUCUGGACUCCUCUGUUCUCCCCGUCUUCCUCGAACCGUGAUCUCCGCCCGGCAUGA